CACCUUCUUCUCAAAUACGGACGGUGGUACUAGCAAACUGGUUCCGCCCAAGCUCAGACUCGAGCUACCACUUGCUUGCUUCAAGCUUGACCAAUGUUGAUUUAGUUUCUUGGACGUCUUAUAUGCUGCAGCGCGGCGACUCCGACUUUGCCUGGUUCCGUGAGCGAACGCAGUCACUGCACAGCGAUUGCCUAUCCGCUUACACCGAGAAAAUGGCCUCCACUACUAGCCCUGAUGGCUUGACCUCCGAACCGGCAAACCCGCAAGAUCGCGCUGCGCAUAGUCUGCCUCCGAAGUCCUAUGCCCAGGCGGUAAAUGAGGAAGCUGCGCCUCUGGACCAACAAGAAGAGCAGCGAGUUAAUGGCGAGCGGUCGAACGGAAACGGGGUGGCUAACGGCCACAAGGAAGAUGUGGACGAUGCGAAAGUCCUGUACACAGAGCAUACAAGUCAGAAUGGACAGAUUCCGUUGACGAGCAUCAAGCCCAGCGAGGAGUACGAGGAGGGUUUGCGGCAUAAUGCAAAGAGGGCGCCUCACAAAGAAGUCGGGCCUGGCGUUGAAAAAGGCAUGAAGAGGCAGGAUGUUCCAAAUGCGCAGCAAGCACCUCAUCUUGCCAGUGGGCGAAGAGCGGGCGCGGGCUGGGAGACUUCUGCGUAUGCCUGACCCUCCUUCCGUAUAUAUACCGUCUUUCUCUUCGUAUGAAGGCGUGCGGGUGAGAACAUGUGUGCUGACUACUGUGAAUGACAGGAUCCGCUGGGCCCCGUUGAACGUGCCACUGCAACGACGUCUACAGACCCUGGCUGUACUAUGGCAUACGACUACGAUCCCGAUCUUCUUGUCGCUGUUCUUCCUCCUCUGCGCUAUCCCUCUCACGUGGCCGCUGCUGAUACCUUAUCUGUUGUACAUCUUGCUGAUCAGCGAGGACUCUACCAAUGGCACAUUAUCGAGACGGUCGAAUUGGCUUAGACGCAGCAAGUUCUGGUCGGCGUUCGCGAGUUAUUUCCCGGCCCGCUUGCAUCGGACGGUCGAGCUGGAGCCCACGAGGAAAUUCAUAUUUGGAUACCAUCCACAUGGGAUAAUCUCGCACGGCGCGUUUGCAGCUUUCGGGACGGAAGCGUUGGGUUUCGCGGACUUGUUCCCAGGGAUCACGAAUACUUUGCUCACGCUGGAUACGAAUUUUCGGGUUCCUCUGUACAGGGACUAUGCGCUUGCGAUGGGGCUGGCAAGUGUCAGCAGGGAGAGUAUUGAGAACUUGUUGAGCCGAGGAGGACAUAAUGGCGAAGGUAUGGGGCGGGCCGUCACGAUUGUGAUUGGUGGUGCGAGGGAGAGUUUGGAUGCGAAGCCGCAUAGUCUCAGACUCGUGUUGAAGAGUAGGAAGGGCUUCGUGAAAUUGGCGAUCCGCACGGGUGCGGAUCUCGUGCCUGUGCUGGCGUUCGGAGAGAACGAACUCUAUGAGCAGGUGGAUAGCGUGGAGCAUCCGUGGAUUCAUAACCUGCAGAUGGUGGUCAAGAGAGGGCUGGGGUUCACGGUGCCGUUGUUUCAUGCCCGUGGGAUUUUUAACUAUGAUGUUGGACUGCUGCCGUACCGGCGCUCCGUGAAUGUGGUGGUAGGACGACCGAUCAAGGUUGUGCAGCAAGGUGGGAGGGAUGGGAAGGUUGAUGAAAGCUACCUGGAUGAGGUGCAUCAGCGGUAUGUGGAUGAGUUGUUGUGGUUGUGGAAUGAGUAUAAGGACACGUUUGCGACGGCCAGGAAGGGGGAGCUGCAGAUUGUUGAAUGAAGAGGCUUUGAAGAGGCAUGAUUGAUGGGAAGAGUCGGUCGACUGACUAGGCUGCCAUGACUAGAGGCAAGCAUCGUGAUGGUGUAUGGUGUAUGGUGUAUGGCAUUGUAUAGGAUAUGUGUAAGAAUACGGACGGGACAAGGCGCUGAACCUGGACGAAUGUUGUUAACAUUCAGUUACCGGAAAACUUGGGAAGUGCUCUUUACAAAUGAAGGCAUUCAUCAUGGCCAGUAGCGAGCAGAGAGUACUUGAAAUCAUACCAUCAAGCAAGAAUUGUACGUAAUGCAGUGAGAGCAGGGGGUUGUCUCUCCUCCACUUA